GUUCUUCUUUCUUCACUUCACUUCACUUCAUUUUGGGCGGCCAUAUUGCUCUGUUGCUGUGCGUGUGUCUGAUUAUCACUCGGGCUCUUAGCUUUUUCAGUUUUUCGUGUAUUGAAUUGAGUGAUCGUCCAGGGCAAUGGGCGACCGCAAUAACCCCAUCAAGUUCGGACCGGAGUGGCUGCGCAAUUUGGCACGAGAACGUAAUGCCAGCAUUCAGGGCUCCAACAAUCAAAACGCGCUGCUGGCCUCGGGGAACGGCGCCAGUCCCGGGGCAGGCAGCGGCGCACCAGUCCGGGCUACCUCUCCAGUCCCGGGAAAUCCACUUUGCGCUGCGAAUACUUCGCAAAAAAUACAUCUUGCAAAACUUCGGUAUGGCAGAGAAGAAAUGCUUGCACUUUAUGACAGGACUGUCGAAGCACCUUCAGAGUUAAAAUCUAUAGACCAGCUUUAUCAACCAAGAGGCAAACCACCAUUUGCGCUACACAAUACUUUUGAAGAGGAAAUGCGGGAGAAUCUACGAAGCGGUCCGCCUAUAGGAGCAUUGACUCCUGACAAGUUUGGCCGAGGAAUGGGCAGAGGGCUAACUGCCACUGACAACCGCGGCAGACCACGGAUGCCGUUCGUCCGACAGCCGUCACUGGGAAGGCAAAAAAAUGUAUGUUACAGGGGAAACGCGUACCAUCAAAGAAUACCAGGAUAUGUGACAGGUACUGAUGAAGAUGCUCCACCUCUGCCUCGCUCUUGGAGCAACAGUAAUGGAGGACCUUCCACUAACAGAACUGUUAGUGAACAAUCUGAAUGGACACCAAAUAAAACUUUCCGAAGCAAGCGGCCAACUAAUAACACGAAUUGGAGGUCACCACAGACCCGUGAGGAAGGCGAGGAAUGGCGCUUAUCAGAUCCUGGCAGGCCUCGCACCAAUCAACAAGACAAGUGGGAGCGAGAUUGGGGUGACAGGCCUAAUCAGGACAAGCCACCAUUAUGGAACCAUAACCGGCGGACGUGGGGCGGGGACGCACAAAACGAGGAAAUUUUACCAGAAUGGGCAAUGGACAACGCAGAGGCAUGCGCAGGCACUUUCGAUGCGUCGGGGGCUUUCCAUGGCUAUAGUAACGAUGACACCAACUUGCCGAGGAACCAGGAAGCUUCGUAUUCUCUGACGAGAUCACACACUCACGGCAGUUUUGCUAGGUUAAAAUCUGUAGAAGACGGUUCCGAGGAAUGGUGGGCUUCGGCAAAAGCAAAAAAACUGUCCCCGAAAAAGUUUGAUGCCAGCGAAAUCAAAUUCAAAAAGCAAGUAAGUGUUACAGCGACAGAAGAUAGUGGCAACACCAGUUCAAGCUCAAAACAAAGCAGUACUAGUAAAGAAGAAAGUAACAUGGCUCAAGAUGCACAGGAAAACCAAGUGACCUCACCAGAUUCGUCUGAUAGUGGCCAGACCGAAAAUAAUUAUACUAAAAGUAAUGCCUACAGGCCCAAGUUUUCAGAAAACAAAACUUUUGAUGCACUAAUGAGAUCCGAUAUAAACAUGGACGAAGCGAGUGACGAGAGGGGGAACUUUCAGUCGGUGACUAUCAAACCUAACAAUAGUUUGCGCCAGAAACAUCAAAAUAUUGUGGCAUCAGUAGCAGAUAACCCAACUCAUCAAGUUCGGAAAGCGGGUAUACUCCCAGGAAUGCAAGACGUAACAGCCGGUCAAAUGCCUGAUAAGGAACACUCAAAAUUUGCCGGAAAAUCGCCCGAGGAUGCUCUUGUUGAUGAUAUGUUUGAAAUUACAUUGGAUGAUAAAGAUCUUCUUACUAAACUGAAUGUAUUGAAUACGGGAAUGUCAAACAAGGUCUCUAUGGGCAACUCGGCGACUCCAGUGUCUAACCCCGCUAUGCAAAACCGAGCUGUAAGUCCCAGCCCUCAAAACCAAGGCAGUGUGUUGCAUAAACCUAACCUAUCUAUGGCAGGAAUACCCGGGAUGCAUUCAAAUACAAUGCACUCAUUAGGAAUGCAGAGUUCUGCUACUAAAGCACCAGGCUUGCAGUCUCCGGGAAUGCACCCGCAUGGGCUGCUGACAUCCAGCGUGCACCCAGGAAUUCAGGCCCACGGUUUGCCAUCUCCUGGUGCACAGCCAUCUGGAAUACCGUCGCCUUCCAUACAAAACUCAGGUUUACAAACAUUAGGGCUGCAGACAUCUGGGCAAAAGAAUGCGGGUAUGCAGUCACCGGGAAUGCAGAAUUCCACCUUACAGACACUUGGAUUGCAAACGUCGGGCCCGAAGAACCCUGGAAUGCCUUCGCCUGGAAUGCAGACUCAAGGACUUCAGACACCCGGUAUGCCAUCACACGCAAUGCAAUUGCCUGGCAUGCAAGCUCCAGGCAUGCAGGGUAUUAGUAUGCAGUCAUUAGGAAUACAGUCGACUGCUUUGCAGCCUGGUGGUCUACAGAACACGGGCAACCAAACAUCUUCAAUGCAUAACAUAGGAAUUUCCAAUACAGCACUUAAUUCUGCAAUGAGACUACAGGGUCCCAGAUUGUUAGAGCAAGGGCCAGCGAAUAAUUCUAUGGGUAUCCCUCAUCAACGAAUGUCACCUCCGCCCUUACUCCUUAACCCUACCAUGGCCAACUCUGCCAUGAGUGCAACCGGUAUGCAUCAAGGUUCUACAGGGCUGGCAGGGUUUCAAAAUUCGUCAGCUAUUCAAGGGAUGCCGAAUACUAGUAGUUCUCUCUUUGGACUUGGACAAAAUCCUAAUAAUGCCCAGAUGCCACCAUCUUCUGAUAUACAAAUGCCAAACCACGCGCAAAAUAACAUGUUCCCUAUUCAUGGACUAGGACAUUCAGGGUCUCAGGCGCCAUUUAAUUCUUUAUAUGGCAAUAUGAAUAUGAUGCGGCAGUCACCUCCACACAAUACACCGAACUCCCAGAGUUUAGCUGAUCAUUGGUAUUACGAAGAUCCUAAGAAAACUGUACAAGGACCUUUUUCUUCUAAAGACAUGUACAACUGGUACAGAGCAGGAUUCUUUACCCCUAGUUUGAUGGUGAGACGCGCAUGUGACGCCCAUAUGCGUCCCUUAGGUUCUUAUGGGUCUGUUGUACCUUUUGGCCCGGUGGACAUGGCUUCUUUCUCAAUGAGCAGUGGCUUCGGAAUGCGCAACCAGGGACCACACGAUUCUAUGAUGAACUCUCAGCCCGCUCUAGGAUUAGAUGUGGAUUCCUUGUGGGGACAAACCUCGUCCUCUCCGGAUCUCAUGUGGAUGCAACAGACAAUGAAUGCCCGAAGCGACAUGCGAGUUAAUCUGCCAAUGUUUUUUUGGGACCAGCAGACUUCAGUUACGUCUAAUUCCAUGCUACCCGAGGAAAUUGUAAAAGAAAUGAAAACAGAAGACCAAAUUUUAGCCCAGUUAAGAGCAUCUCAAAGCGCAGGCAAUGCAAUGGCCAACAUGCCGUUUAUGAGUGAGCAAGGCAACGCUCCCGUAGCGACCCCAGCCAAGCCGGAAGAAGAUCCCGCAGUGAUGAGCGCGACGCCUAACCUGGAGGAGUUGCACAAAUUAAUGCAAAAAGAUACAUUAAUGGCUAAGACGGAUAUCCCAGAAAAAAAAACGGAUAUCAAAGAAGAAGUUCAGAAUAAAUCCGACAAUUCAAAUAAAUUGGAGCACUCACUGGAAUCUGUAAAAUCUAACGAAAGUAUGCAGAGUAAACAACAGGAGUCCAAGCAGACGAAGCCAAACAAAGCUGAAAUUGAAAAAGUUACCAAGAACAAAGAGAACAAAACAAAAGCCAAGAAAGUUAAGGAAGAAAAGAAGGACGAAGGAGCUGAAACCGCUAAGGAAGAAGAUUCAAAUAAAGUAGAGAGGAAGUCUGAAGACUCGUCACCUUCAAAGAGCAAAAAAGAAGAAAAAGUCAACAAAAAAGAGCUCGAAAAAGAGAAAAAGGAGUGGAUCAAGGAAGGUUUCACCAUUGUGAAAGGUCCCGAAAAAGCCCCGAAAGACAAGAAGAAAGCUGAAGACAUCAAAUUAAGCGAAGAGGCCGAGCGAAAGAGGAAAGAAGAGGAAAAGCUUGCAGCUGAAGAAGAAAAGAAGAAAAAACAAGCAGAGGCACUUAAGAAGCAACAAGAACAGAAGCAGCAGCAACGAGAGGCGAGCGAGACUAUUAUAAAGAAGGCUCCGUGGUCAGCGGCUGCGAAUCUAGCCCAACAGGCGACGACCAAAGAUGGGCUGAGCCUAGCGGAAAUCCAGCGGCUCGAGCGGGAAAAGAAGCUGGAGCAGAUGAAGGAACAACAGCAGGUGAUGCAAGCCAUCGCGCAACAGCAGGCCGUAGCACUCGCGCGAGAACAGGAAAUGCAAGCUAAUUUGGGUUGGGCGAAAAAGAAACCUAAUCCGGUCGGACCGGGAUUGUCUCUGGCCGAAAUACAGGCGGAAGCUCGCAAGCAAUCAGCAGUGGCGGCCGCGGCGGCGGAGUCGGCGGCGCAGGCGGCUGCGCAAGUGCUGGAAGACGCAGCUGGCCCGGCGCAAACCAACCACGUGCCAUGGGGCAACAGCACCCACAACGGAGGCGGUUUCUGGGACUCGCCUGCCACAGCUCAACCUCCAAAGCCUGUCGAAAAGCCUCAAGAGCCGCAACGGGUCGUGGAACAAAACGUCAAAAAUAAGAAAAAGAAUACUCUUAACAUACCUUCGAAAAAAGAAGCCUCUCCCGGCGCCGAGUUCGACAUAUGGUGUAACACCGUGCUUGCUUCUUGGAGCGCCAAAAUCGAUGUGCCUACGUUCGUUGGUUUCCUCAAGGACAUUGAAUCGCCAUAUGAAGUAAAAGAUUAUGUAAAAUGCUACCUGGGCGAAACCAAAGACUCCAGCGACUUCGCCCGCCAGUUUCUUGAAAAGAGGUCCAAGUUGCUCCGCGUCGGCAUGGUGACGCCGUCCGAUGACCUGUGCUCGCCCGCCGUAGCCGUCAACCCGCGCACUACGUCGGCCUCCGACUAUCAGGAAGUAAAGGGCAAAGGCAAAAAGACAAAGAAGAAUAAAAUGCUUAAAGUAGAUGCUCGCAUACUGGGCUUCUCAGUGACUGCAGCCGAGGACCGGAUCAAUGUCGGCGACAUUGACACGGUGUGAGUGAUGCAGGUUACGUACUAAGUGUUCAAUAUAACUCGCCUUGUGAUAAACCCGCCGGUUAUUGUGUAAAACACGCGUGAGUUCGCGAUAUUACGAUAACAAUCUAAUUUAAUACAAGUCGGCGAACAACAUUUGACAAAUCAUUUGUCGCUGCUUGUUCGUAUAGUUCAAGAGUUACAAAUAUGAUAUGUUAUGUUAUGACUUGUGCUCCAUGCCAGAAACCUGAUAUUUCAAUUAAACAUUGUAGGCUAGUAAGACAAACAGGGACUGAGGUGUCAGGAAAAAUCUUAUUUAACAGUAGCGGCGCAAGUCCAGUUCCGACAAAAUGUGUUUGUUGGUAUUGGUAACUUAAGAAAGAAGCCAAGUUUGCCAUUAAUUACUGAACGACUUGUUAAGACACUUUAAAAAUUAACUAAUA